AGACCUAAAAGGAGGGGCCUAAAGGGAAGGAAGGAAGCUCCAAGCCUCUGCCCAGACUUUUUCCCUGAGACUCCCAAGGACCAGGGAGAAGCUAGGUCCAGCUCUCUCCCCCGUUUUCUUUGCCGCCUUGAGAGUUCUCAGCCUCCGGCACGGACUCCUUUCUCUCCCCUCCCCCUUCCCUAGGCUAAGGGGCCCCCAGGGCCUGGCAGGGAGGGAGGCUGGGCGGCUGUACCGUGGGCAUGCCUGCUCCUCUCCCUUCCCCCUUCCCGGAGCAGCAACGUCACCGCAGCCCCAGCACGGCCACCGGCGGCGGGCGGCGGCGAGCAUAGGCGCUGCGAUUGCGCAGCCUCCCUGCAUUCGCAACGAUGCCAUUGUAUUAGCAGAAAUCAGAUCUUAGGAAAUCGGUUCCGUUCCCCCUGUGUGGUCCCGUGGAACAGUGCCUCGGCUGGAACUGUCAAGGUAGAGCUUGGUUGGAGUGCAAAAGGAACAGAAGCCUCCGGGUACAGCUCAAGGCUCCUAACAGAGGUGCCAAGCUCUCCUGAUGAAAUGUGUUCUGCCCCACUGGGCUCCGGGGGCAGUGUCUGGUGCUGUUGAUGCCCUUGUUCGGAAUUUCCAGAAUGGAUAGUCCCCCAAAGCUGACUGGAGAGACCCUCAUCGUCCACCACAUCCCCCUGGUGCACUGCCAAGUCCCAGAUAGGCAGUGCUGUGGAGGGACAGGUGGAGGUAGCGGGAGCACGAGAUCCAACCCUUUCUGCCCCCCGGACCUGGGCACCAGCCAGCCUGAUCAAGACCUAGGACAAGCUGACUCGCUGCUGUACAACAGUCUGCACUCUGCCCCAGGGGGAUCCGCACGGCCUGCAGACAGCACAAAGAGUAGGGUUCGGGAUGGAAGAGGCCCCGGGGCCCCUAAACGACACAAUCCUUUCCUGCUGCAGGAGGGUGUGGCCGAGCCAGGAUUUGGUGACCUCUGUGAUGACAGCAUUGGUGACGGUGCCACCCAGCAGUCCUUCCACCUGCACGGGGCAGGUCAGCCCACCUUCCAUCUGUCCCCUUUCCAGCUGCCACCACCUGGCCCUGGGGCGGGCAGGCCGUGGGGGGCGACACGUAGUCGAGCUGGAGUAGUGGAGGGGCAGGAACAGGAGCCGAGGGCCGCCUUGCAUCCCCAGCACUGCGGCACUAGCCACUGCGGCCGGCCAGACCUGGAAGCAGAGACCAUGGAGCUGGACGAGUGUGGGGGACCUGGCAGUGGGGGCGGAGCCAGUGAGACGUCGGGCUUUUCCUUCGAUCAGGACUGGAAGCUCAGUUCAGAUGAAUCGCCGAGGAACCCAGGCUGCUCGGGCUCGGGGCCUCGGCACCGCCGCUGCAGCAGCGCCUCCAGCCCGUCCGAGGCGGCUGACCAGUCCAUGGGCUACGCGAGUGACUCCUCCUGCAACAGCUCGGAGGGCGUGCUGGUCACCUUCAGCACCCUCUACAGCAAGACGCACGGCAGCUCCCGCGCCAACCUCAACGCCGCCCCACAGUCGUGCAGCAGCUCUUCCUUCUGCAGCCGCUCAGACCCUGGCGCCUUCUACCUGGACCUGCAGCCCUCCCCAGCCGAGUCCAAGAUGUCUUGUGAGUCCCACCACCCGGACAGCGGAGGCAGGGAAGGGAGCUACGGCUGCCCUCAUGCCUCAUCUCCCGAGCUCGAUGCCAACUGCAACUCCUACCGCCCACACUGUGAGCCCUGCCCAGGGGUGGCCGACCUCACGGCCUGCUUCCAGAGCCAGGCGCGUCUCGUUGUGGCCACACAGAAUUACUAUAAACUUGUCACCUGUGACCUGUCCUCCCAGUCAUCCCCAAGCCCAGCUGGCUCUUCCGUCACCAGCUGCUCUGAGGAUCACACCAAGAUAAGCCCUGCGCCAGGCCCCGGCCCAGACCCUGGCCCCAGCCAGCCCUCUGAGUAUUACCUAUUCCAGAGGCCAGAAGUCCAGCCAGAGGAACAAGGAGCGGUGGGUUCCUUGGUGGAAGCAGCGGCACCUGUGGGCCCCACCGUGAUCGAGGGGCAAGUGUACACCAACACCUCGCCCCCCAACCUCAGCACUGGACGCCAGCGCUCUCGAAGCUGCGAUCGCAGCCUCGCACGCAGCCCUCCUGUCCGCCUGGGCUCACUGGAGCGCAUGUUGAGUUGCCCAGUGCGCCUGAGUGAGGGUCCUGCAGCCCUCGCUGGCUCUGGCUCCCCACCUCGGCGGGUCACCUCCUUUGCUGAGCUCGCCAAGGGCCGGAAGAAAGCUGCAGGCUCUGGCUCCCCGCCGCUUCGAGUGAGCGUUGGGGACUCCUCCCAGGAGUUCUCACCCAUCCAAGAAGCCCAGCAAGAUAGGGUGGGCCCACUGGACGAGGGCACUCGCUGUAGCCACAGCCUACCGCCCAUGCCCUCGGGGCCGGGCAUGGACCUAUUUGGCCCAGAGCCCUGGUCCACCCAGGUCUGUCAGGGCCCCCAGGCCAGUGAGAUGCCACCUGCUAGCCUCAGAGCUGCUGGGCAAGGCCCCUUGGCCCAGCUGAUGGAUCCAGGGCCUGCUCUCCCAGGGAGCCCAGCCAACAGCCAUACCCAGAAGGAUGCAAGAGCUAGAGCUGACGGCGGCGGUGCCGAGAGCCGACCAGUCCUUCGCUACAGCAAGGAGCAGAGGCCAACCACGCUGCCCAUCCAGCCCUUCGUGUUCCAGCACCACUUCCCGAAGCAGUUGGCCAAGGCCCGCGCCCUCCACAGCCUUUCCCAGCUCUACAGCCUCUCUGGCUGCAGCCGUGCACAGCAGCCUGCCCCUCUGGCUGCCCCCACUGCUCCAGUCCCAGCCUUAGCUCCCUCAGGGGAGUCACAGGCACCCACCAACAGAGGGGCCAGGAAAGCUGGGCCUGAGCCAGAAACCUCACGGCCGUCACCCCUGGGUAGCUACUCCCCGAUCCGCAGUGCUGGCCCCUUUGGGCCCAGCACCGACUCCUCUGCUUCCACGUCGUGCUCCCCUCCUCCAGAGCAGGCCACAGCCACAGAAAGCCCACCCCCAUGGAGCCACUCCUGUCCUCCCGUUGCCCGGCCUGCCACCUUCCAGCAGCCACAGAAGGGGGAUCAGAAGAUACUGACCUUGGCUGAGUACCGUCUCCAUGGAACAGGAAGCUUGCCUCCUCUGGGCUCCUGGAGAUCUAGCCUCAGUCGAGCAGAAAGUCUAGCCCGGGGAGGUGGUGAGGGCAGCAUGGCCUCCAGGCCCAGUAACGCCAACCACCUAUCCCCUCAAGCACUCAAGUGGCGGGAAUACAGGAGGAAGAACCCACUAGGGCCACCUGGAUUGUCAGGGAGCCUAGACCGAAGGCCACAGGAAGCUCGGCUGGCCCGAAGGAACCCCAUCUUUGAGUUCCCUGGCUCCUUCAGUGCUGCUGGCCAUCUGAACUGCCGGCCGAAUGGUCAAAUAGUGAAGCCAUUACCACUGACCUGCCCUGACUUCCAAGACCCCUUUUCCUUGACUGAGAAGCCUCCAGCUGAGUUUUGUCUGUCCCCAGAUGGCAACUCAGAGGCCAUUUCCAUUGACCUGCUUCAGAAAAAAGGGCUGGUGAAGGCAGUUAACACUGCCGUGGACCUCAUUGUGGCCCAUUUUGGCACAAGCCGGGAUCCUGGGGUGAAGGCAAAGCUCGGGAAUAGUUCUGUGAGCCCCAAUGUGGGCCACCUGGUUCUGAAGUACUUGUGCCCCGCAGUCCAGGCUGUGCUGGAGGAUGGGCUCAAGGCCUUCGUGCUAGAUGUCAUCAUUGGGCAACGUAAGAACAUGCCGUGGAGUGUGGUUGAGGCUUCUACACAGCUAGGCCCGUCCACCAAGGUCCUGCACGGCCUCUACAACAAGGUCAGCCAAUUCCCGGAGCUCACCAGUCACACCAUGCGUUUCAACGCCUUCAUUCUCGGCCUGCUCAACAUCCGGUCCCUGGAGUUCUGGUUUAAUCACCUCUAUAACCACGAAGAUAUCAUCCAGACCCACUACCAGCCGUGGGGCUUCCUGAGUGCAGCGCAUACCGUGUGCCCCGGCCUCUUCGAGGAGCUGCUGCUGCUGCUGCAGCCCCUGGCCCUGCUGCCCUUCAGCCUCGACUUGCUGUUCCAGCACCGGCUCCUGCAAAGCGGGCAGCAGCAGCGGCAGCACAAGGAACUGCUGCGGGUGUCCCAGGACCUGCUGCUGUCCGCCCACUCGACGCUGCAGCUGGCCCGGGCCAGGGGCCGGGAGGGGCCCGGAGACAUGGACAGGGCGGUCCAGGGGGAGCGGGUGAAGGGUGUGGGCGCCCCCGAAGGCGGAGAAGACGAGGAGGAAGAGGAGACAGAAGAGGUGGCAGAGGCAGCGGGGGGCUCAGGACGUGGCAGGUGGGCCCGAGGCGGGCAGGCUGGCUGGUGGUACCAGCUCAUGCAGAGCUCCCAGGUCUAUAUCGACGGCUCAGCUGAGGGCUCUAGGUUCCCCCGUGGUGGCAGCAAUAGCAGCAGUGAGAAAAAGAAAGGGGCAGGAGGCGGGGGACCACCCCCCCGAGAGGGAGUAGUCGAGGGGGCAGAGGCCUGUCCUGCCCCUGAGGAGACCCUUGGCCGGGACAGGGGCUGGCCCUUCUGGAUGGGGAGCCCCCCUGAUUCUGUACUGGCUGAGCUGAGGCGCAGCCGGGAGAGGGAGGGGUCCACUGCCCCCCCAGCAGAAAAUGAGGAAGGAGCCUCAGAGCCUUCACCCGGGGGCAUCAAGUGGGGACACCUCUUUGGCUCCCGAAAGGCUCAGCGGGAGACCCGGCCCACAAACAGGCUACCGUCCGACUGGCUGAGCCUGGACAAGUCCAUGUUCCAACUAGUGGCACAGACGGUGGGUGCCCGCCGAGAGCCAGAGCCCAAGGAGAGCCUGCAGGAGCCACACUCUCCAGUCUUGCCCUCCAAGCCUCCAUGCGAGGUGAAGGCACUGUGUCAUCAUCUGGCCACAGGCCCCGGACAGCUGAGCUUCCGCAAGGGCGAUAUCCUACGGGUGCUGGGGCCAGCUGGAGGAGACUGGCUGCGCUGCAGCCGUGGCCCUGACACCGGCCUGGUGCCUCUGGCCUAUGUGACCUUGACCCCAUCUCCAAGUCCAACCCCCGGAAGCAGCCAAAACUGAGGCCCUGUGCAUGCUGGUGGCCUCAGGGACCCUCAUAACCCCUGUGUCAGAGCCUGAGAGCCCUUCCCAAGCCCUCUGGCUUGGCCACAGAGAAUAGACUGAGAGCUGGGGGCCAUACAUCCCUGUGCUCAGUAUUAAUUACUCCCCAUUAACUGUCCCAGUGACCUCAUCCAGACCUCCACCCAGGAAAGGAGGGAAGGGAUGCAGCACUGGGCUGCCAGGAUUUCCCCGGCCCACGUGGGCCAGCCCUUCCAUAGGUACAGAUAAGCACAUCCCUAUGGAGGGAGGUGAUCAGAGGCCCAUUUGCAGGGUUCCCUAGGCCAGGUGGUGAGGAGGAGAGGUGACAGUAUUGGGGCCAGCUCCCUAAGCCCCCAAAUGUAAAUAGGCUGUGGCCAGUGCCUGGUGGUCAGAAGAGGGAUGAGGAGCCCAGGCUUGUUUAUGUAUUUAUUUAUUUAUUUAUUACACCUAUUAAUAAAAAAGGUGCUCGGCCUCCAAA